AGGUAGGUAGGGUAUUCGAUCCAUUGACUUCGCAUCCCGCCCAAGCUUCAUAAAGCUUCUUGCGCAAUUUUACGCACAACACCCGCGCCGCCCUCCUUCCCGUCCCCGGAACUGGCCCAUUGGCACCUCGCAUCUGCUCGAGGGGGAGAGGGGGAGAGCACUCACUGUCGAGUAUCGCAAAGAGGAAGGAAAGGAAACGAACCCGAGAGGGGAACGAGCGCGCCGCCAUGCAGCCCACCCAGGCGCUCCUCAAGGCUUAUCGCAAGCUGCGCCUGACCACCAAGGACAUCAAGAAGGGCUUCUACAAGGGCACGAGGACCGGGAGCAUGGGUCGCCACACGAGGUACGGCGGCUACAUCAUCGACUGGGACAAGGUCCGCACCUAUGUCGUGCCCCCCGGCCUCAAUGAGUUCAAGUUAACCCCCUUCGUCACCAAGAAGAUGCCCCCCACCCGCGGCCGCUACGAGGGCUACGCCAUGGGACCUAAAAGCGCCGAGGUCUACCUCAACCGCUGGAAGGCCGAGAACGGUCUGGAUUGAGAGAGAGAGAGAGAGAGAGAGAGAAUCGGCCAGGGCGUGGUGCAGGAUAGGAGGACGAAAAAUACGAAGAAGAUGGCGAAAGGUCUCCGUUAUCAACAUACCUACAGAUAUCUAGGCAUAGUGGCUAGGUAUGCGGCGGACAAGGUAGCCGGAUCGUGGGCGCCGACGAAGAGGAUGCAAGGAAAAAAGGGGAAUACGCACCUCGCGCCUUUUGUCAAGUCGGCGCGAUUGAGGUUAUCGAAGUGGUUGAAUGCUAGCAACCCUCCUCCCCUCCUGUUGGCACGAUACAGCAAUGUCGCGAUUGCGAUCAUCGCCGUGGCCUACGAAAA